AUGAGCUUCUCCGUCGACGACCUCGUCUCCUCGCUCUCCUCGAGCCAUAUCGGCCAGGAGGCAAUGGACAUCGCUGCACUCCAGGCCCAGCUCGCCGAGUCCCUCUUCUGCAACACACCACCAUCCUCCUCCUCACACUCCUCCAGCGCACACGCGUUCAGUCGUCACACAAGAGGGCGCGCGCCCCAGACGUGCAACACCCCGCUCGCGCGCACGCCGUCAAGCAGUUUCAGUCAUGCUAUGGGUGAACGGCGGCGCGGGAGUGUGAAUAUGGGUUACUCGACGUCGGGGCAUAGGAGGUCGGAGUCCUCGACGUCGACGGGGUACACGAGUGGGAGCGGGAGUGUGUUCGAUGACAUGGAGGAAGACGAGCGGAUGGUGGAGGAGCUGCUCCUGAUCCCACCGCCGUCGUCGUCGCCUGUCAUGGGCUCUGCGUUGGCGUCGACGUCGUUUUCUUCGGCCGCUUCUUCGAGUUCGGCGCAUCAUUUCUCGCAUUCAAACUCGCAAUACCAACAACCGCCCCAAUCUCCGUCAUACGCAACCUACUCCUCCCCAAUCUCCCCCUCUCAAUCAUCCUAUUCCCAAUACCCUUCCUCCACCUCUUACCCUUCCUCCUCCGACCCCUCCCCCUCGCUAUUCACAUCCACCGACCCCUUCUACCUCGCCCAGCUGCAGGCCUCGCAGCAGGCCUUCCAGCCGAGCAUUGCGCAGCAGCAGGGCGUGUUCGCGCAGAAUGGGAGGAUGGCCCAGGGGUCGCCUUUCGCGAUGUAUGGAGUGGGACAUGGACAUGGGGUUGGUGUGGGGGCUUUUUGA